AACCUAUGCAACCAGGGUUUACCCUAUCCAUUCCCUUCAGACUCAUGAACGCCCCGACAACUUUUCAAAUGACCAUGAACCCGAUCUUUAGCCCGCUCAUAGAUAAGUGUGUUAUAGUUUACCUAGACGAUAUCCUGAUUUACAGUGAGAUCCAAGAGCAGCACUUCAAGGAUAUCGAAGUAGUUUUCACGCUACUACAGGAGCAUCGGCUGCUCACGACAUGGUAUAAGUGCGAAGGUUUAAAGGAUAGGUUAGAAAUUUUAGGUCACGUCGUUCUCACUAAGGGCGUCGAAGUGGACCCGCGUAAGAUCGAGACAAUGCAAGCUUGGCUACUGCCUUCGAACCUGCAGGAGCUGCAUUUUUUUUCCCCCUUUUUUCGUGAAUUAUGUUCGGAGGUUUAUCCAGAAUAUGGCAAGGGUAACUGCACAUUUGACCGACCUGCUGCGGAAAGGGACUGAGUAUAGAUGGGGGGAGAAAGAG